AUGGUUGAGGUUCGAUCAGUUGUGCCUGAGAAGGCCAUGGGAACUAUGGAGCCGACAAGUCAGCAAAUUGAAUCUAUUUAUGAGAAAGAGGAACGCGAGGCUGUAGUCAAUGCUGAUUAUUCUGGAGCCAAGAAAAAGACUGACCCAAAGGAAAUCGCUCUGGUAAAGAAACUGGACUACAGAAUCAUGCCUAGUUUGUGGGCUAUGUACUUUAUGAACUAUUUGGACCGAAAUGCGAUUGCCAAUGCCCGCUUGAACAAUCUCGAGGAAGACUUAGGCCUGGUGGGCUCCCAAUACAACACCUGCAUAUCGGUUCUUUUCGUUGGUUACCUGCUAAUGCAGAUCCCAUCGAACAUGCUGAUGUCGUCUGGCAAGAUCCGUCCAUCUUGGUAUAUGUGUAUAUGCAUGGCAGCCUGGGCCCUGGUAUCGGGCUUGACCGCGGUCGUCCAUAACUACUCAGGUCUUGUUGCCGUGCGAUUCUUCUUAGGUGUCACUGAAGCUCCCUUUUAUCCCGGUGCACUAUACACACUCUCUAUCUUCUAUACCCGAAAGGAGAUCGCGACUAGACUCUCGAUCCUGUACUCUGGUAAUAUCUUCGCGACCGCAUUUGCUGGUCUGAUCGCAGCGGCGACAUUUCGGACGCUGGACGGCGUCCAUGGUCUCGCAGGAUGGAAAUGGUUAUUCAUUAUCGAAGGCAUUGUAACCCUUGGUGUGGCGGGUAUCGCCAUAUUCAUGCUUCCUGAUUCGCCGUUGACAACCACUUGGUUGACGCCUGAAGAACGACAGAUGGCGCAUGACCGCAUGAUACGUGACACUGUGGGCAGCGAGGGGAGCAAGGGCGCCCGAGCUGGCUUUUUGCAAGCGCUCAAGGAUCCAAAGCUAUAUCUGUUGGCCUUUAUGCAGAACAUGCACAUUUCCGCUUGUUCAUUUAACAAUUUUUUCCCGACUGUGGUUGGCAGCUUGGGUUUCGAUACCACAAUCACGCUUAUUCUUACUUGCCCGCCUUAUCUGGUAUCGGGAUUCGUUGGCUACUUGGUCGGAUAUACGUCUGGCCGCUACAACGAGCGCACAUGGCACAUUACUGUCAGUAUGGGUGCUGCCCUUGUCGGUUUCAUCAUAUCAUGCAUUACGAUGAAUGUUGCCGCUCGAUAUAUCGCUUGCUUCCUGUUUGCAACUGGAGCAUACGCCGUUAAUUCUCUUAUCCUUGGCUGGGUUUCAGCAACAUUAGGUCAGACGCCAGAGAAGAAAGCCGUCUCACUGUCCGUUGUUAAUGUGUUCGCCACUGUUUCAUACAUUUACACAGCGUAUCUGUAUCCAAAGAGCGAUGGACCGCGCUAUCUAAUCGCCAUGUCCAGCAAUUGCGCAUUUGCGUCCUUGACAAUUGCAUCGGCGUGGGUACUCAGGUUCUGGUUGAUCAGAACUAAUGCGUCAAGUACAAGGGAGGGAGGGCUGCACUUCGCCUACUAA